GUGAAAAAGCCUGAAGCUGGUGACCAGCCUAGGAAGGCCUUUCAGCAGUAGAGAAGCAGAGACCUUGUCAUCUCGAAACUGUGAUAAUGCUUCAAGAAUAUUGAAAAAAAAGAGACAAAAUAGUUCUUGGCCCGAACAGGAGAGGCUGGAGAGACCUCCUCCAAGCAGAUCCCCAGGAACGGAUCCCACGGAAGAGCAGACGGUGGUGGGGAGCAGUCAGCACGGACUGGUAAAGGGCAAAUCCCGCUUCGCUCACGUGAGCGCCUUCUACGAUGGAGCAACCAGGAGCAGGCCCCUUUGCCGUCAUGGUGAGCGAGAGGCGGAACGGCAGCCUGCUGGUGCACCUGGGACCCACGCUGCAGGCCUACCCGGAGGAGCUGCUGCGGCAGCGGCGAGGCCGCGACGGCCACCCCGAGUACCUGAUCCGGUGGAGCGUAGUCAGCUCGGAGGAGAGCAUGGCCGGCGGCGGCGGCCCCGGCGCAGAAAGCAAGCCGGAGAACAUCCUGAUGUGGAUGUCGGCAGAAGAGGUCUGCGCCAGCUGCCCGGCGCUGCUGGGCCAGAGGAAGCUGGGCGGGCGGUGGGUGAAAGAGGAGACGGCGCCCAGCCCGUUCCCGGCCGACAUCCCGCUGGACGAAGCGUCGCUGCUGGAGAUGAAGGCUGACGUCGGGAGCCUGGUGCAGCGAGCUGCCCGGCAGAUGGCCGGGACCGGGGCUCCCGAGUCCUCCGUCCUCAACACCAUCCACGUGCUGAGCGCGUACGCCAGCAUUGGCUCGCUGACGGGCGCCUUCAAGGAGACGGGAGCCCUCGACCUGCUGAUGAAGAUGCUGUGCCACAAGGAGAAGCAAAUCCGCCGCAGCGCCGGCAAGAUGCUGAGGGCGCUGGCUUCGCACGACGCAGGGAGCCGGGCCUACGUCCUGCUGUCCCUGAGCCAGCAGGAUGGCAUCGAGCAGCACAUGGGCUUUGACAGCCGCUACACCUUGCUGGAGCUGUUUGCUGAGACGAUGUCCUCUGAAGAGUACUGCAUGUCCUUUGAAGGGAUUCACCUUCCCCAGAUCCCUGGGAAGCUGCUGUUCGCCCUGGUGAAGCGCUACCUGCGCGUGGCCUCUCUUGAGGACGAGCUCAGCGGCGGUGUGGAGCAGGGAGGGGAGGCGCAGGACCAUGCCGUGCCCGGCUCGCUGGGCGGGGAGAGGAGCCGCGUGAAGCAGGAGUUUGAGUUCAGCAUGGCCAUGGCAGGCCUCAUCUCGGAGCUGGUGCACGUGAUGGGCUGGGAGCACAGGCACAAGCCGGAGCCGCCGUCCCCGCGGUGGACGCAGCCUCGUGCCGCCCGCUCCAUCUUCCAGCCCAAGGCCCCGGCCUGCCCUGCUGCUCAGGCAAGCCCUGCUCCCCGACCAAAAGAGCCCAGCACCUUCAAAACGCGCUCAGCCUUCCCAAGCCGUAGCAGCUACGUGGAGUACGUGCAGGCGAACCUGGUGCGCGGCAUGCGGGUGCGUAUGCUGGAGGACUACGAGCAGGUCAGCGCGGGUGACGAAGGCGACUUCCGCCAGAGCAAUGACGGCACCCCGCCUGUCCAGGUGUAUUGGCAAGCCCUGGGCUGUACGUACUGGGUUCACUGGCACAUGGUGGAGAUCAUCGGCCCCUCGGGGCUGGAGGAGCGCAAGGCUCAGGAGAGGGUGUCCACCCUGACGCACAACUGCAAACUUGCAGCAGUUGCGCAGCCGCUCUUCUGCAAGCCUUUUGGGGGGCUCUACACCCUGCCUUACCUCGGGGAGCAGCCAAGCGACGCCACGGAGACCCUGAGCCGAGCCGAGUGGUGGGAGCUGCUCUUCUUCGUGAGGAGCCUGGGAGCGCAGGAGCAGGACGAGAUCACCCGCCUGGUGCAGCAGGAGCAGGCAGAGCAGCUGUCGGAGCUGGAUGAAGAAGGCCUGAUCCAGCUGUCGGCGUCUGCGGAGCUGGCCCAGAAAGUGCUGCGGGCGUUGGAGAAGCGGUGCCAGGGCAGCGCUCUGAGCGACCUCCGCGGCUCCCGCGUCUAUGCCAAGUACUUCCUCGGCAAGGGGGCUGAGCAGGGCGGCAGGGGGAGCGCCGUGGCGUCCUCGGGGGGCGCCAGCCCCGAAGCCGCGGUGGCCGAGGUGGCAGAAGAAGACCUCCCUGCGGCAGCGCUGCCGCCUGGAGCCCCCGCCGCAGCGGAGAAGUCGGAUCGCCAGCUGUUCAGCGAGCUGCUGCAGAGGGAAGGGCUGCGUUUCCCGGAGGUGACGGAGGAGCAGAGCAAACUGUUGGGCAGCUGCAAGGGGGCUGGCAAGAGGGGCUUGCUGGCGAGGAUCGCGGCCGUGGUGGAUGCGAUGCAGAGGAGCGGCUCCGAGGCGGGUCUGCGCCUGGCCGGGCUCCAGCACAUCCUGGAGAUGCUGGAGGAGGAGGCUGGGCUUGAGCGGCAAGUUGGCAAAGCCCAGGGCGGGCUGGGGACCAGGGAGAAGGUGGUGAAGAUGGCGGUGGAGUUGCUGAGCAGCGAGGUGGCGGAGAAGGCGCUGGUGGCGCUGGCGCUGCGGCUGCUUGCCGCGCUCAUGCUCAAGUUCGAGUGGCGCGUGCCGUUCGCCGCGGAGGGGGGCGUGCGGGCCGUGCUGGCCCGCAUGCGGCAGCACGCAGCCUCCGCCGUGGUGCAGCAGGCCGGCCUGGCGGCGCUGAAGGUGCUGGUGGGCGCUGGGAGCGGCGAGCCGGGAGGUGCCACUGGGCAGCCGUCGCCGCUGAGCCAGGCCGACGCGCAGAUGAUGCGGGAGAUCUUUGCCAGCAUCGGCUCUGCCUCUGGCGAGGGCUCCGUGAGCCUGCUGAGCGCCAUCCCCGCAGCCACAAGCACCAUGCAGAGGGUCGCAGGGGGCUCCUCGGGCGUGCGGAACGGCUUGCUGGUGGUGAACAUGCUGCUCGAGGGCCACCGGGGCCUGGCGGAGCAGCUGGUGAGCUGCGAGCUGCCUGCGGUGCUGCGGAGCUGCUGGCGGGACGGGCAGGGCGCGGGCUGCCCCGGCAGGAGCCUGGCGCUGAGCGCCAUCAACCGCCUGGCGGAGCACGAGGCACCGCGGAGCCUGGAGGCGGCAGGUGCCGAGGCCCCGCCGGAGCCGGGGGACGUGGACGUGCGGAUGCUGGUGGGCGGCGCACGGGAAGGCGGCCUCUCGGCGGAGGCGGUGGUGGCCCUGGAGCGGCACCUCUGUGGCGAGGGCGCCGUGCGCUCCGGCGAGGCGGCCCGGCUGCUGCGGGACCGCGAGUGCUUCGCGCUGCUGCUGCGCAGCUUCAAGCUGCUGGGCGCGGAGAAGGCUGCGAGCCUGAGCAUCCUCAGGAUCCUGAACGAGUUCCUGGACGGCGGCCAGGAGGAGCUGCUGCCCUGGCACGAGUGCGUGGAGCCCUGCCUGUCCUCCAUGGGCGCCCACAGCAGCGACCAGGAGGUGGUCCGGGAGGUCGUGCGCUUCCUGCACCGCCUGGGCAGCGCCAGCAAGGACUGCGUGGUGGUGAUGUGCCGCGCGGGUGCCCACGAGGCUCUGGGCAGAGCUCUGGAGAGGCACGGGGCGGCGCUGCCGCUGGCGCCGGCCCUGUGCGACCUGCUGAGCGGCUGCGAGAAGCACGCCAGCCUCUACGGGAAGCUGACGGGCAGCAUCUUGGCGGGCUGCAUCCAGCUGGUGCUGGGGCAGAUCGAGGAGCACCGCCGGAGCCAGCAGCCCGUCAGCAUCCCCUUCUUCGACGUCUUUCUGCGCAACCUGUGCCGAGACUCCAGCGUGGAGGUGAAGGAGGACAAGUGCUGGGAGAAGAUUCAGGUCUCCUCCAACCCCCACCGCGCCGGCAAGCUCACGGACGGGAACCCCAAGACCUACUGGGAGUCGAACGGCAGCACCGGCUCCCACUCCAUCACCGUGCACAUGCAGCGUGGCGUGGUGAUCAGGGAGCUGAGCAUGCUGGUGGCCGGCGAGGACUCCAGCUACAUGCCGGCCCGCAUCGUGGUGCUGGGGGGAGACAGCCCCAUGGCCGCCAACGCCGUGCUCAACGCAGUGACCGUCCUGCCCUCCGACAGCAGAGUGGUCCUGCUGGAGAACGUGCCCCGCUUCUGGCCCGUCGUGCAGAUCCGCGUGAAGCGGUGCCAGCAGGGCGGCAUCGACACACGCGUGCGUGGCAUCGAGGUGCUGGGCCCCAAGCCCACCUUCUGGCCGGUCUUCAGGGAGCAGCUCUGCCGGCGGACGGCCCUCUUCUGCGCCGCCCGGGCUCACGCGUGGUGCCGGGAGAUCGGCCGGGACCGGGGGCGCCUGCUGCAGCUCUUCGGCAGGCUGAACCGGGCGCUGCGGCACGAGCAGGCCUUUGCCGACCGCUUCCUUCCCGACGCCGAGGCGGCCCAGGCGCUGGGCAGGACGUACUGGGAGGCCUUGGUGACCCCUCUGGUGCAGAGCAUCACCAGCCCAGACCCCAGCGGCGUCAGCCCCCUGGCCUGGCUGCUCAGCGAGUACCUGGAGCGCGCGGAGCUGCCGCGCCGUGCCGCCGCCUUCGGCUCCCGCGUGCGGCACCUCACCCGGCUCCUGGUGCACGUGGAGCCCAGCGGCGCGGAGCUGGAGGAGGCGAGAGCCCCCGGCAGAGCCGGGGGAAAGGACGGGAAGAGCAAGGAGGCGCCAGCCAGGGCCGCCAAAGCGGCGGUGACGGCGGAGCAGAGCAGCCUGUGGGGCAUCUCGCGGUGCUGGCGUGGGGUGGUGCAGCAGCAGGUGUGGCGGUUCCUUGAGGCAGCGUGGCAGGCGCCGGACGUCGUGGAGCGGUUCUGCAGGCUGUACCGGCGGCUGCGCGGUGCCACGGCCGAGCUCUUUGGGCAGCAGGCCGCCUUCAUGCUGGCCCUGGUGCAGGGCUUUGCGGGGGCCCUGCUGCAGCUUUCCUUCCCGACUGCCCUGCACGUGAGCGAGCAGUUUGCCCGCUACCUCGACCAGCGGCUGCGGGAGCUGCGCGGGGUCGGGGGCGGCGCGGGGCCGUUGCAGCAGGCCCUGGAGCCCUUCGCCGUCUUGUGCGGCCUGGAGCUCGCCCACACCUUCGAGCACUUCUACCGGUACUACCUGGGGGACCGGUUGCUGGCGCAGGGGCCCUCGUGGCUGGAAGGGGCCGUCGUGGAGCAGCUCGGGCCGUGCUUCCCCAGUCGCUUCCCGCAGCAGAUGCUGAGCGACCUGGCCGAGUCGGAGGAGCUCCAGCAGCAGUUUUACCUCUUCCGGCUGCAGGAGCAGGACAAGCAGCUGCUGGAGCUGGACGCGGGCCUGGAGAGCCCCGAGGAAGAGGUGCUGGGGGAGGCGCCCCUGGCAGAGGCGCCGGAGGUGAAGGUGCUGCUCCUGUCGCCGCGCUGCUGGCCCGUUUCCCCCUUGUGCUAUGUGGACGAGCCCGGGAGGUUUUUCCCCACGGCCCUCAGCUCCCCGCUCGCCGAGUUUGCCGACUUCUGGCGGCAGAGCCAGAGCCGGCUGGGCCGGGAGUGCACGAAGCCGUGGCGGCUGCAGUGGACGUGGCUGGGCCACGCCGAGCUGCAGUUUGGGGACUGUGUCCUGCAUGUGUCCACGCUGCAGAUGUACGUGCUGCUGCACUUCAACGGUGCGGAGGAGGUGGCCGUGGACGCCUUGCUGCAGGCCACAGGGCUCCCCGCGGACCUGGUGCGCCACGCGCUGACGCCGCUGACCCAAGGCGAGGGCGUCCUGGUGCAGAGCUGCCCGCAGGGCGGCACUCUGCGGCUGAACCGGACGGCCCUGGCUCGGGCCUCGGGCCAGCGCCUGAGGCUGCUGCCCCAGCAGACGUACCUGCGGGCAGAGCUGGCUGACGGCAGCUCCCUGGAGAGGAAGAGGAACGUGCUCUGCUGCCUCGUCACCCGCAUCCUCAAGGUGGAGAAGCAGCUGCACAUCGACAACUUGGUGUUCAGGGUGAUCGACGCCUGCCGGAAGGGCGAGUUUGGAUCGGGGUUGCAGUUCCUGAGCUUCUGCUGCCAUAGCGUGGACGUGCUGUCCUGCGUCCUGCACCUGCUGAAUCAGGGCUACCUCCGGCGCCAGGAGGAGAGGCCCCAGGUCCUGGAGUAUGUCUGCACUGAGCCCUCGCCAGCCCCCACGUCCCCAGUCCAGCCUUUGGUGGCCUUUCAGACUGUAGAGAUCAAGACGGCAGCAAGCACAACCUCUGCCGCAAGGAGACAGACUUUCUCAACGUUCAGGUAGAUGAGGGCUGGGCUGGGCAGGCAAGACACAGCCUCGGCCCGGCCAGCCCCUUCCUGAGAACUCUGGGGUUUUAUUUUAAAUAAAUGAGCCAAGCCCCCCGCCCCGGUCCUGUUUCGUACUCCGGGAAAGCGCUGCGCCUUGGUCGUGGCCGGGAGCAGCGUGAGGCCAGGACCCGCAGCGCCUGCUUCCCCAGCGCCCCUCGGCUCUGCGCUUGGGAGGAGGGGCAGCAGCUGCCCGAUACCUGCUGCCCUGGGCUCAGCCGAGGAGGGGCGCACGCGUCUGCCAUAAUGGUACCAGCAUUAAUUUAUUAAAAUUAAUCCAGAAAAGUAACCAUACAAUAAAUUUAAAAAAAAUAGAA